GUAUCUUUAGAAUGUCAGGAGGCAUGAAAACUCUGCGUUCUGAUAAGAAAUGAGAAAUAUUUUUUCCUUUUUGGGUAUUUAUUGAUGUGGUAGUCUAAAAGGGUGUCCCCUUUUUCUAGACUGUAGAGUUUAGACAUAAGAGUAUAUAAGAGAAAAGUUUGGAACUUUUGGUGAUUCUUUUGCUGUGCUGUUUCAUUCAAAUCCUAAUUUAUGGCUGUUAUAGAUAUUCUGUACAGCUUGAUUUUGUUGAAUUUUGUACCUCUCCUUUGUUACUGGGGAGUUAUUAUAUCAACUGAGGUUGUUCAUAUUCUCAUCUGCUGUUACCUGCAGGUUAUGGUCUCAUUUUUUUUAAACAAAUAUUCAUUUUUAUAUUCUAUUUAAUGAGUUUUUUUUUUCUUGACAUUGGUAUGCCUUAAUUUCUAUAUUUUCUCUUUUUGGAUUGUCUUCUUUGACUUCAUUUCUUGCUUAUAAGCAUGCUUUUUAAUUCAAAUGUACAGUGUUUCUGUAUAUUUUCAGCUCUUUUUUAUUUUGUUUACUACUCUUUUUCACUUUCAUUAUAAGUCUAUAGAGCUGGAAAAAGAGACAGUUAAUGGUUGAUUUCUUGGUGGGUGAGCAGUGAAGGACUGGUCAAGGUUGGAAUAUUGAGAAAGAAUUAGCAAUGGCAUCAACUUCUUUUGCAAAGCAGACUGUAGUACCUAUGAAAGAACCAUCAUCUAAUUACAAUCCAUAUCCUCCACCUCUUGCAAGAUAUGAAGAUGUUGCAGCUUGUCCAAAGCUUUUUCUCUCUACUUUGGAGAAGCUCCAUGCUACUAUGGGAACUAAGUUCAUGAUACCCAUCAUUGGAGGAAAGGAGUUGGAUUUGCACAAACUUUUUGUCGAGGUAACAUCUCGUGGUGGCAUCGAGAAGAUUAUAAAAGAGCGAAGAUGGAAGGAAGUGACUGCGAUUUUCAACUUCCCGUCAACUGCUACAAAUGCAUCUUUUGUGCUUCGGAAAUACUAUCUUUCCCUGCUUCAUCACUAUGAACAAAUCUACUUCUUUAAAGCCCGUGGUUGGGUUCCUGUUUCUUCUGAUCCCUUCAGGAGCCAAUCCAUUACACAGAUUCAUACUCAAGGAGCCAUACGGCCAGCCAUUGAUGUUCAUGCAGCCGCCGUCCAGCAACCAAGAGUAAAUAUUGCCGAUUCACCUGCAGCAAGGCAAUCAACAACUGCAGGCUCUCCGGUGAUUGGUGUCAUUGACGGUAAAUUUGAGAGUGGCUAUCUUGUCACAGUCACUAUUGGCUCAGAGAAGCUAAAAGGUGUCCUUUAUCAGGCUUCAGAUGAUGCAGCACCCGAAGCGCCACACUGCUAUGGUGCAUUUUCCAGCCAGAGUGUGACUCCACAUGCUACAUCAGGUGUCCAACGCAGAAGACGCCGGAAAAAAUCCGAGAUAAAACGGAGGGAUCCUGCUCAUCCAAAACCAAACAGGAGUGGAUAUAAUUUCUUUUUUGCUGAGCAACAUGCUAGAUUGAAACCACUUCACCCUGGGCAAGACCGAGAAAUCAGUAGAAUGAUUGGUGAACAAUGGAACAAGUUAACCGAAUCUGAAAAAUCUGUUUAUCAGGAAAAAGCUCUCGAAGAUAAAGAACGAUAUCGAGUUGAGAUGGAGGAUUAUAGGGAAAAAUUAAGGACCGGCCAAGUUUUAGGCAAUGCACUCCCCCUACCGCAACAACUUCCCGGGAUGGAUGUCGGAAUGGCUGAAGCAGAUAUGAAGCUUGAUGAAACUGAAGGUGGUGAGUCCCCUCAAACCCCGGAAAACGAUAGCAGCUCUGAUGGAAGUGAUUUUGAAGAUGAUAAAACUGCAGAUAAGGGUUUAGAUAUCGAAGAAUCUCAAUUUGCUGGUGUAGUGGGUGAUGUUGAUGCAGAUAUUUCAGCCGAGGAAGCGGCCGAGUUAUCAAAGGUGGAUGAUAAUGUUGGACAUAAUAGUCAGGUUGAGAAGUUCAGUAUUUGAAGAUGAAGAAAAGAACCAAUGCCAUGUGAAGAACACUAAAAUCUGCUUGGGAUUAAGUUGAAUAUUGUGGCAAAUGAAGCAAUAGAUGCAUUUAGAGAUGGUAAUUCAGUUUUUUUUUUAGUUUUUUUUUUCUUCGUCUAUGUUAUUCCGGCUCAGUACUUUUCUUGCAAUACGUGUUCAACAAAUAUUUUGAUAUGGGUUCGGGAAUAUGGCCCUUCAAGGUCCUCCCAAAAAUACAGAAUACCUUGGGAAAAUUUUACACAUAUCCAUGUAAGAUAUGUGCUUGUAUCCGACGUUGACGCUCGAGUUUGAGUAACUUGGCCUUUCUUUUAAUAUAUAAAAGUUUAGUCUUACUUGCGAUAGAA